AAGUUAUAUCACUUCCUCAAAAAAAGCCUUAUAUUAGUUGUGAAUUGGUCCACCUAGAGCCUUUUAGGGUAUGAAUCAUUUUAACUGUAUCCCAGUGGAGUGAUUAAAUGCCUACCCUUUAGGUUUUAAGCUAAGCAGGGCCCCUUUUACACUGAGGCCAGGAGAAAAAUCAUCUCUGUUCAGAAUCCAGGAACUAUCCUGGAUCAGCUCAGGAGGCCAGCAGCUGGUCCAGUGUCUAGUUUAUGAGAAGGGCCAGAACAGAAGCCAAAGGCUUCAGGGGAAAGGGCACCCCGCCCCCUCCCCAAAAGCUGACAGUGAUGAGCCUGCGAAGACUUUUUUCCCCAAUGCACAAUUGUUCCGGACAGCUGCAGCCUGGCUCUGCCUAGUGACACUGAAGGUUCAGCACAGCGAUUUCUCUCCGUCCUGGAAGUUGCCUCGUGAGCGGAGCCAGCGGCCCUGAUCCACCCCUGGCUGGGGCUGCCCUUGGUUCCGGGGCCCCAGAGCCAGCAGCUCCGCCUGGGGGGCUUCGCCGCAAGCCGGGACUGUUUUUUUCAGUGGAUCGUUUCGAAGCGUCAGUCCCUCCGGGAGGGUCAGAGUUGGAGCUGCCUCGCGCGCAGUCCACGUGCCUGCGCCCCUCACUGAUCGCCCCCUGCACCACGAUGACCAGAAGAGAGCCCGGGAUGCCUUCGCCCCACCUCCCGCAGCAACCGAGCGCCGCGCAGGGGCCCGGACGCGCUGUGGUGGGCGGCGGGCUGCAGCCCGCGGGCCCCUGUCCAGGCACCUGUUCUUUACCGCGCUAGGACUGACUUUGCGCUGGGCGUGUUUCGGCGGCUCCAGCGGGCCGAGCCCUGCCCAGGAAACCCUCCCACCUGUCGCGGCCAGCGCCCAGCUCUGCCCUGCCGGUGCAUCGCCAGCGUGUGUGGGCUGGGGGAAGAAACUCCCCUGCUGAGCAACUUCCCGCCUCGGCUCCCCUGGCAGCGGCAGCAUGGCGUGGUGGGAGUUCAACUUGCUGCUCUACCUGGCGCUCUUCUUCCUCCUGCUCCUCCUCCUCGGCCUCCUGCUCUUCCUGCUCAUCAAGCAGCUGAAGAACUCCGUGGCCAGCGCCGGGGCUCUGCAGCCGGGCCGCCCGCCCCUGCGGGAGCCCUGGGGCUCGUGCCGCGAGCAAGCCCUGUGAUUUCGGGGUCCGGGCGCAGUCCGGAGACGGGGGUGUGUGUCCCCGCUGCAAGACGUAGCGUCCCUGCUGCCGCCCAGAGCUUCCCUCGCUCCCGGGGCGGCCUGGGGGUCGCAGCCCGCCGCAUUUAAGGGAGAGCAGUAAAGUUUGGCCAGAGCAAGUUGGAGCUCCGAGGUGGCCCAGGGAGCUGUCACUGCAGCUCGGUAUGGGACACAUGGUCCCGGGGCCCAGCACU